AUGUUAGCCAUUUUGAUCUUCGCGCUAGGUGUGUUGAUUGGCCUUGUGUUCAUGGGUGUUAACUGCCUACACGAUGGUAUCGGCACGGCUGCGGAUAAUGUUACCCCACCAAGUACCCAAGCCAGCAAAGUGUCUUCGAACUCCGGUGCAGAAAAUGGCAACAUUUACACGAGCACACACAACACUACGAAGGCCACAAAUAGCAUUCACAAUAACACCUAUAACACUACGACUACCUUAUACAGAAUACGCAAUAGCACAAAUAACACUGCUGCGACUACUAGUAUUAACAGUUCGAAUUUCGAUACUACAGUUACGACUGUUGAGCCUGGAGAUGCUGAGCCUGUUGAUAUUCCCGUUACUGUGCCUGUUAAUAGAGAUGUUUACACUGCAGCAUCCGUUAAUUCUAUUAACCCUGACAUAAUAACACAUGACGCUUUGGAUGUUGACACAGUAUCAGGCGAAAAUGUGGAAAGUACAUUGAAUAUUCUGAACGACAGCAUACCAGAUAGCGUGGUGAUCGACCACAAGAGUUUUGACAUAACCACUGUUACUACAGACGCUGGCGCGACAGUUGAUACAGUAGAAGUUGAUCCGGCAGAAAGUGGUACAGCUGCUGAUGCUGCAAUUGCUGACUCGACUGACGACAUAAAUAAAGAAAUUGGGAUAACAGGAAAUGACACGACUGAUAGCACACUAGAAAUUGACACGACUGUUGACAUGUCAAGAGCUGAUGUGACUGACACAACCGAAGUCGAAACUGUUAUAGAUGCACAAAAAAUGUAUACGAACAGUGACACAACAGAUGUCAACACAGCUGAUGACAGAACAGAAGUUGAUGCCAUCAGUGAUGCAACAUUAGCUGAACCGACUGUUGAUACUAAUGAAUUGGACAUCAAUACUGAUGCAACAAACGCUGAUGCUCUUGCUGACGGAACAGAAGUUGACGCUGUUGAUAUUGGAACAGAAGUUGACACGGUUGUUGAAACUGAAGAAGUUGGCCCUGCUACUAAAGCAACAGAUUACAUUCCAACAGAAUUUGGCCCUUUUAUUGAAACAACAGAUAUCUAUUCUUUUGGCGAGACAGCAGAUUUUGGCACUACUCUUGGAGCAACAGAAGUUGACACUGUUGAUAAUAUAACAGAAAUCGACGCCACUAUAGAUGUAACAGAAGUUUACACAGUUGUUGAAACAUCGAAAGUUGACACAACUGCUGGCACUCCUGGUGCAACUGUUGAAAAUGUAGUUGCCGCUACUGUUAUGACAACAUCAGUUGAUACGGCUGGUGAAUCUAAUGAACUUGACACUGCUAUUAAUGUAACAGAAGAUUACAAUAUAUUUGGCACAACAGAAUUUGGCCCUGUUAUUGAAGUAACCGAAGCUGACUUCCCUGUGGAGACAGCAGAAGUCGACACUACAAUUGAAGCAACAGAAGUUGACACUGCUACUGAUGCAACAGAAGUUGGCACAACUGCUGAAGUUAAGGAAGUUGACACGACUACUAGUGCCACAGGUGUUGGAAAUGUAGUUGACGUUACUACUGUGUCGACAGAAGUUGAUACGACUGGCGAUGUAACUUCUGAUAUUACGAAAAUGUAUGACACUACACCUAUCGUCUCAGUAACAGACAUCACGACUAUCGGUACCACAACAGUUAACAUUACUACCGUUGGGACGACAGCGCUUGAUACAACGACUGCCGGUACCACGCCAGUUCAUGUCGCAACCACUCGUACCACAACUGCUGCUGCGCCGGAGGGUAACGCAGUAAUCACAGGCACUAGGGACGUCGGUAUAGCAACAGUUGGCACUGUUCCUAUUGCCAACAUUGGCACGAGGAUCGCUGACACAAAUGACAACACUACUGAUGUCACAGGUAAUAACACUGGUAACUUUAGCGCCACUGCUGAGAUAAACACUUCUGUUACUACGAUAACAAGGAAUCCCGAGCAUUUAGAUGGUGCAAGUGCAAAGGAUACUGUCAUAGAUGGUAUUAUAGGGGAUACGGUUAUAGAUGAUGCUUCCAGUACUGAAGUUGGAAACGUUGAUAUUGAUACCACUACAGGCAGCACUGUAAAGACUUACACGAAGACCAUCGAUACUAUAGAUGUCACCACAACAGAUGGUGAUAAUUCUACAGCUAACCCAAUGCUAGUUGAUGACACAGUGCUUAAGAAUAAGACGAACCGUAGCUCAAAAAAUCUCGACAUCGACUCUACGGAUGCUAAUACCACUGAUGGUAUCAAAUUCCACGGGAUCCAUAUCAACCUUACGUCAUUUGACGUCGAAAACGCGUUUACAACCGAAGUCGAAUCCAAUUUAACUGAGGAACGCACGCACACCGAAGCUUCAGUGUCUGACAUGACUCUUGCUAAUAACACGACGCGGCGGCGGUCAGAAGCGGACCAUUUAACAGGUUCCACAAUUCCCUUAGCCGCUGUGACUACUGAAACGUCCGUUGAAACGAAUGUGGAGGAGCCGAAGACAGUCAACCGAAUGGAAAUGAACUCAAGUGCCGAGACAACAGCUGUUUUUAAGGCAGCAGUUCCCAGCACAACUGCUGGAAGCAUAUCAGCUGAGAACACAACUUUUGACAACACCUCUCUUGGUAACGAAAAUGACGAAGCAAGAGAAAAUCAUGUUGGCAAUAACAGAAUUAACAAUAUGACAGAUGACAAGGAAAAUGGCGUUGGCAGGACACUUUUUAACACCACAGUUGUAGAUUCCACGAGCAUUUAUAAAACCGACAACACAAUCGGCACUGCGGAAACUUCCACCACAUCUGUCAUCUAUGUCGAGAACAUAACUCUUGACAAUUUAGUUGACAACACAACUGACAUGGGGAAUGUUGACAGCACAAGUGUUGGCAAAGCAUUUGACAACACAUCUGACAUCGCAGAAGACAGAACAUUUAUUGACAACUUUACAGCUCUUGACAACAUUACUAUUGACAACACAAAGAACAACACAGCAAAAACUGACAACACAACUGAUAUUGUAGAAACUGACAACACUACUGACAUUGCAGAAACUGACAACACAACUGACAUUGCAGAAACUGACAACACAACUGACAUUGCAGAAACUGACAACACAACAACUGACAUUACUGUCACUGACAACACAAAAGACAUUGCAGAAACUGACAACACAACUGACAUUGCAGAAACUGACAACAUAACUGACAUUAAACUGACAAUACAACUGUCAUUGCAGAAACUGACAACACAACUGAUAUUUGACAACACAACUAAUAUCACAGCAGUUGAUAACGCAAUUAACACUACAGCUAUUGAGAAUAUAACUGACAUUGCAGAAAUUGACAAUAUAACUAUAAAUAACAAAAUUGACAUCACAGAUAUUGAAAAUAAAACUGUUGAUCCUGUAGUUGACAAUAAUACAGCUGACAGAGAUGUUGGCAAUGAAACUAACACCACAAACCUUGAUGAUGCACCUACAGAUACCAGAAAUGCUAUUGGUGUCAGUGACAACGUAACAGCUAGUAUCAUAAAUAGUUCCCUUCCAACAUUCACAACUGUUAUCGGAACAACAACCGAUGCAUUGGUCAUUACCAGUCUAUCGACAGAAAAUACGAUACUGAGCAGCACAGUUAUUGAAAACCCUACUCCUUCCGGGACCCCAACGGUUAGUAGUAGAGCCAGUGAGACCACAAGAAUUAGUAGUACCACCAGUGAAAGCACAACAGCUACUAGUACCCCUAUUAAGACCUCAACUCUAAGCAGUACGACCAGCGAAACCACGACAGUUAGCACCACCAUCCAGCUACCAGUUUUUGACACCGGCAUCAGCUCUGAUACCACGGAAUCGUCAGUGCUGACGUCUUCUACUUUAGAGUCAGUCAAUUUAGAAAUUGACGAAUUCCCAAACCAGGAAUCAACUGAGAAGAGUACAGCCGGUUAUAACAAUAUUAGUGUUGUGUCUAUGUUCUGUGCCAGACUGAGCGCCAGGAAUACAAGUGCCUUUCGCACCUGCAGAAACAAAACUAUUUACUGUGUCACGCAUCUCAAGAAGACUGAUAGUUAUGAGCUGACAAAUGGCCAAUUCACUGAGUACGGCAAGGUCGAUAACAGCCAGACUGUUUUUGCAGCCAUACGGAUUCUGUUGCUUAGCUCCUCUAUCAUGCAGAGCACCAAACGUCUGCCUCAACUGUAUCUGCAGACCAGGAAACCCAAGCAAUCUGAGAACAUGGGCUAUCCCAGGAACCGAAUAGGUGCAAAUAACCCCCUUUUGUCCCCGGUCGGUAUCUCGGAGGUGAUCGGGAAGUCCACGUACAUUAUGAGCGCGGUCUCACUUCUUCCUGGACGAAGAGCGCAAAUCCCAGGUGAACAAUCAACCUCCUCUCCUUCCCCUUCUCCCGUCGCCCCAACGAAGGAAGACGAUGUCCUCGACAACAGCAGCAGGGGACACGGGGACACCUGCGGACCGUGGGCACAGUGUGGGGGAGAUCUCACCUGCAGAAACAGCACGUGCAUUUGCCCCGAGUAUGUGCCCGGUGCUUUCGUCGUGAGGCUGUGUCUGCAUCAGACUCGUUCUGUAUCCGACUGCAGUUACAGUGAAACCGGCAACAGGUGUGACUGCGAAUACUUUAACUUCACUCUGUUACUGCUGUAUGGCCUCGCUGCAUUCCUGGCCUUGCUGCUCAUUCUCUUGGUCUGGAGUCUCAUAAGAUACUGCUCAAGAACAACUGUGGUGACCUCACCUGCGGAAACUUACUCAACCAAGGAUCAUGUCACGUCACAAGCCAAUCACGUGUCUCGUCCUGCAACAGCAAGUCAAGGCAACCAUUCAUAUGGCCCCCAGACCGAGAUUCCAGGCCAAAUAACCCUCACAGCCGAGGAACUUCCCUCACCUAGAUUCUACUACCCUCCUUCCCACGUGAGUCGACGUGGCUCCCUUCCGAAACUGGUCUCGACUUUGGAACCACAGGCCAUUCAGGUCACGAGUCCCAUAAGCCCCAGACGCCCUUCAACGGCAGGUCCUCGCAGCGUAUCCUUGGCACCGCCCAUGUUCCCGGGAGAUUAUAGAUUCAGUCCUGUGGAAACCGUGCCUCAGAGACCUCACGUGCUGCCGCCAUUAAGGACUUCCACUCGACCACCCAAACUCUCGGACAUUCCUUGA